AUGAUGGGCAUAUUCACAGCCCGUCGGUCUGCCCCUGGCCAAGGCUCCAGCGGUAGUCCUCGGAAUUGCUCGGUCAUGGCGAACAAUGUUAUCGAAUCAAAAGGACGAGGAACAGCUUCAACCGUCAGCCAUGGAGAAGCAAACAACCCCAAAGAAGGGAUAAUUCAAAUUUGCCAAUAUACCAUGAAAACAAGCACCCUCACCUCCUCAUUUGUUUCACCGUCGAAAAGUGAAUCGCCGGCAGAGGCAGCGGAGAUGAAACCAGAGGGUCGGAAGGACUGUCGGAGAAGAAAAGGCGAGGCGCGAGACUCGUAG